AUGGGGAACAUGGUCAAGCCCAAGAAGUCCUAUGCAAUGCCUUAUUGUUGCGGGGGUGACGAGGAUACAGGGUUCCGGGUCAUCCCAAACAUGAGGCUUGGUACCAACCGGGAGAUAGAGCCCGACACUGCCUUUGCAGAGAUAGCGAAGAAACUCAACAUAAUACACUACGACGAGCCAUUGCCGCUGCUGCUGCUGCUCUCGACCUUCGCAUCCGACAACACGGAUAUGCUGUCCUCCCCACAGGGCCCGCAUGUAUGGCUUCUCAAUGCUUGCAAGCAACUCAGCCCAUUCGGAUCCUGUGUCGGCAUCUUGGAUAUCUACGGAAAUGCAGUAUCCAUGUACAAAAACUCCCUGUCAUCCGUUGUCGACAAGAUUCGCGUACAUGGUUACAUAGCAAAGAACAGGGCAAUCGGCAUCUAUUGCAGCCGGGAGGUAAUAUCACGGGAGGCCUUGUCACCCAUGAAUGUUAGAUCUAUCUAUGGAUGCGAUCUGUUUGUUGAGUCGGUCAACGGUCUCUUGAUUGCCCCCCAUGAGAGACUUCUUCUGGUAUUUCAGAGAGUUUAUCAUUUUGUAAAGGUAUUCCGUGCUUGUCCGGGCCCGGGGCUGGAAACCGCCCCGGCCUCACAACCGGUCAGUUGA